GAUCCACGGAUGUGAAAUCCGCGGGUGAUUGGACCGGACACGGUUUGAUUUUCCAAAUCCGCAAUUUUGACGGAUUGGUUGCGGGUGAUCCCUAAUCCGCAAUCGUCCGUCCGUUGCACAUCCUACUAAAGAACGUCUACGGUUUCGCCAGCAUCUUGCAAAUGAGAUGGCCCACUAUGCAGCAGACUGUUGGGAUGCUGAGAUUGAGUGCUCCUAUGGCUGGAUAGAAUGUGUUGGUAUUGCAGAUAGAUCUGCAAAUGAUCUACGUGCGCACUCGGAAAAAAGUGGUACUCCUCUUGUUGUUCAUGAGAAGUUCUCAGCACCAAAAGAAGUGGAGAAACUGGUUAUUACUCCAGUGAAGAAGGAGCUGGGUCUUGCAUUCAAGGGUAACCAAAAGAAGAUAGUCGAAGCAUUAGAGACCAUGGAUGAAAAAGAGGCUAUGGAAGUGAAAUCUGCUUUGGAAUCUAAGGGGAGGUGGAGUUCCAAGUAUGCACUCUAGGGAAGGCUGUCACCAUUAAUUCGAACAUGGGUCUCAAUUUCAUAGGAGAUAAAGUAAGAACAUCAGAGAGUCUUCACACCAUCUGUAUUUGAGCCUUUGUUUGGAAUUGGGCGAAUAGUUUACAGCCUCUUUUAGCAUUCAUUCUACACGAGGCCAAGCAAAGCAGGGGAUGAAUAAUUGAAUGUGUUUAGUUUCCCUCCUGUUGUAGCUCCCAUCAAGUGCACUGUCUUUCCUUAAGAAUCCAGAACACGAGGCAGUCGCCAAACAAAUCUCAAGAUCACUAACUGCUGCUGGAAUCUCUCACAGAAUUGACAUAACGGGUAUGGAUUGUAUCUGAAUUUUCUGUUGGA